UAAUAAUAAUAAUAAUAAAAACCUAGAAAUAACCCGUUAACGACCCAAACAAACACGCGAAAAAGAGUAGCCUACGUGUUGCUGCUCGCAAAUUUCGCGAGUCUGCUACACGUAGGCUAGAGAGAGAGACGCACGAUCCCAUGAGAAUAAAACCCGAUUCCGUUCAAUCCCCCUCGAAAUUACUCUCGAAUCCAAACGAUUAUAUGGCGUUAGAAAAGAAAUUACCAUAUCCUUAUCCAGAGGGAUACGUCGGUGCGGUCUUGCUGUGGUAUCCCAUAAUGCAUAGUAAUUUUGACCGAGAGAAGACUAGGUCGAAACGAAGGCCACCAUUUUGGUUUCAUUCGAGAGGUGACUAAGUGCGGUUCAAAAAUCUUGUAUAUUUGGCCUUUGAGGACAGAAAACCUAUAUAUUUUCUUGAUUAAGCAUAGGUGAAGCGAUAGCAUAAGCAACUGGCAAUGUUUGGGAUAUUGUUGCGGCGAUUUUCUCCCGUUGUUCGCCGUGCCUCGGUGCGAGGUGAGAAAGCUUACUCGAAGAAAACCAACCUAGAGAUACUGCUGCCAAAACUAAAACUCGGAAGACACCAGAGCUUUCGGAAUGUUAAACGAAGUGGACAAUAUCUAGAGGUGCUGAAGAAUAACCACGAGGAAUUGGAUACGGUUCACGUCAGAAUAAGGCAGCCACAAGUCCUAUUCCUCCGAAUCGAACUGCUUCUGCAAAGAAUUCGCUAUUUGGAGCCGUUAGGUCUGACUCCAAGACAGAAGCGAAAGCUAGUAGAGAAAAGUCCGCCUACAAUGGUACUUGAUUUUGAUCCAGAAGUGAACGAAGGCGGGCAAGUCAGCUACAUAAGAGGGGUCGUUCGACAGGAUACUGACAUAGUUCACAUUCUCCAUCCAUGCCCACUGAUGGUGGUGAUGAGGGCAUUUGACUUGAAGAACCAGGUGUCUCUAAUUCAAGCACAGCUUGGUAUGGCUCAGCAGACAGCACUGAGGCUUCUACUAAACAUGCCUUGCUUUCUAUUGCAUGGCAGAGAGAAGAUGUCAGAGAGGUUCCAGUCUAUUCACAAGUUUUCAUUACCUGUUGGAUUCAGUUUGGAUUAUCACACUGCGGAGCUCCACCCCCCUGUGUAUAACCACAGACUUGGAGUGAAUAGGAGGGUGUUUACUACUGGCGCUAGUGAUGAACUUGUAAACAGUAUACCUACACUUACCCUAAGUGAUGUAUUAGACUAUUCAUACCCAGAACACAAUGGGAAAGGCAAGCCUGAAGACCUGGUCGAGUUUCUUGCACAUGCAGAACGUAGAGAACUUAGGCCUAGAUACAAUAAAGUUAUGUAAACAAACAACAUUACUUAUGCAUUGUAUACAAAACUUCAUAGUGCUUUAAAGUGCUACCUGAAUAAGAAACUAUUCAGCAAAAUAUUGAAAUAUCUGGCUUAUUACAUUUGGCAUUACAGAAUGCUUGCCAAAUAUAUGACUUCAAAAUAACUUUUAACAGCUUUCUGGAUUUUGGUGGAGAAAAAAGCCUGCAUACUCAAAAUAUGAAAGGGCAAUACAGAAAAAUAGAGCCAGCAAAGACCAGAAAACAGCCGGCAGCUGGCUGCUAUUUUGAACCCUGGACUUUAAAUAUCCUAAAAAGAAAGCAAAGCUGUCUAAGGAGAUGCUUAUGUUUAUUAAUAAAAGUAGUGUAUGCAUCAUUUAAUUGAUGGGAUGUUUUAUAAAAUCGGUAAAGAUGUUGAUCCAAACAUCAUGAAUGUGCUGUUAUUUUUUCUAUACCCUGUGGAUGACAUAUUUGGGGAGAAUUCGUCCCACACCCAUGCAUAUAACUCCAAAACCCUGCUUUAUGCUUUUUGGUUGAAAGCGGGUAUUUGUACCAAGUCACCUGGGGUUGGUGGAUAAAAAAAGGGGGGAGGGGGGGUUGUUAGUGGAGAGAUGAUCUAAAGGGGAGAAAAAUGUGGAACAUACAUGAUGGUGUGGAAUGGCAAGAAUAGGGAUGACAAAAA